GUCACAUCAUCGUGUGCUCUUUUGUGUGCCACAGCUCCAACUUUGUAGUGUCCAGCAAGGCAACGCUAUGGACAGUGUGCACGAUAAGAAAACUGCAACUUUAAUUUAACAAUAUUUAAUACAUUUACAUGCGUAACGAUCUCCAACACAAGCGAGAAGAUGCGCGCUUUGGAACCUUCAUUUUAACUAAGGAGACAGUGAAUUACUUUUUAAGCUGUUGAUCCUGAGAAGGAAACGCAAAGGAGUACAUUUUUCUAACGCAAAUGAGUACCUUUUUCUACAGCUAUUUACAAAGACCUGAGACCAAGAAGUCAUGAGAAUACGGAGACCAUGCGCACGGUUUUGUGAACUUGUACAAGCAGUUUAGGCUCGAGACACAAAAGCGAAAACCGUUUUAUAUGUAAGAGGUCAUUUUUCUGGUAUAUAUGAAACUCGAGUUUUUGAAAAGGAACAUUUUUUACAUUUAGGAUUUUAUUCAAUGUUUUUUAUUUUAACUAUGGUGGAAUCGGCUCAUUGGGCAGGUACGGCGCGUUGUGCGCUGGUGAUCUUGUGUGCGCUUUUCCCGUUGUGUUCAGGCCAGUACCACGGUGAGAAGGGCAUCUCUAUACCCGAACACGGCUUCUGCCAGCCCAUCUCCAUACCCCUCUGUACGGACAUCGCCUAUAACCAGACCAUCAUGCCGAAUCUCCUCGGUCACACGAACCAGGAAGACGCCGGGCUUGAGGUCCACCAGUUCUACCCGCUCGUCAAGGUCCAGUGUUCCAUGGACCUGAAGUUCUUCCUAUGUUCUAUGUACGCGCCGGUCUGUACGGUCCUCGAGCAGGCUAUCCCGCCGUGCAGGUCCCUGUGUGAGCGGGCGAGACAAGGCUGCGAGGCCCUGAUGAAUAAGUUCGGUUUCCAGUGGCCUGAGAGGCUCCGCUGUGAGAACUUCCCCGUCCACGGAGCGGGAGAGAUCUGUGUGGGUCAAAACACCUCGGACACUGGUAGCCCCACCUCGUACCCAACACCCUACCUUCCUGAGCUCAUGACUCUACCCCCCAAUAUGGGUCGACCGAGCCAGCAACAGGAGUUCUCCUGCCCGCUACAACUGCAGGUGCCCAACUAUCUGAACUACUAUUUUAUGGGGGUUAAGGACUGCGGCGCGCCUUGCGAGCCCACCAAGUCCAACGGGUUGAUGUAUUUUCGGGAGGAGGAGGUGAAGUUUGGCCGGCUCUGGGUCGGGAUCUGGUCCAUUCUGUGCUGUGCGAGCACCCUGUUCACAGUGCUGACCUAUCUAGUGGACAUGAGACGGUUCUGCUACCCAGAGAGGCCUAUCAUCUUCCUCUCCGGCUGUUACUUCAUGGUGGCCACUGCCUACGCCGCCGGGUUUAUCUUAGAGGAUAAAGUGGUGUGUGUUGAUAAAUUCAAGGAUACUGGUUAUAAGACUGUAGCUCAGGGAACUAAGAAGGAGGGCUGUACAAUUCUCUUUAUGAUUGUGUAUUUCUUCGGCAUGGCCAGCUCUAUAUGGUGGGUGAUUCUGUCCUUCACAUGGUUCCUCUCUGCCGGUAUGAAGUGGGGGCAUGAAGCCAUUGAGGCCAACUCUCCGUAUUUCCACCUCGCUGCCUGGGCUGUACCCGCUGUUAAAACGAUUACCAUCCUGGCCAUGGGACAGGUGGAUGGAGAUCUACUCACAGGGGUGUGUUAUGUGGGCAUCAACAGUGUGGAUUCCUUGCGUGGUUUUGUUCUGGCACCUCUGUUUGUCUACUUGUUUAUAGGGACGUCGUUCCUUCUCGCGGGAUUUGUCUCUCUGUUCCGGAUCAGAACUAUCAUGAAACACGACGGAACCAAGACGGAGAAGCUGGAGAAGCUUAUGGUUCGGAUCGGAGUGUUCAGUGUCCUCUACACCGUUCCUGCCACGAUCAUCAUAGCCUGUUACUUCUACGAGCAGGCGUUCCGUGAACAGUGGGAGAAAACUUGGCAUAGACAGAUCUGUAAAAGGUUUGCUGUGCCUUGUCCACCAAACAAUGUUGCGCUCAUGACCCCAGACUUUACUGUCUUCAUGAUCAAGUAUUUGAUGACUUUGAUUGUCGGCAUCACCUCCGGGUUUUGGAUAUGGUCAGGCAAAACACUGCAGUCAUGGCGCAGGUUCUAUAAGAGACUGAGUACCAGCAACGAGGGAGAAACGACAGUAUGAACAUCAAUGACAGACCGAGUACCAGCAACCAGGGAGAAACGACAGUAUGAACAUCAAUGACAGACCGAGUACCAGCAACGAGGGAGAAACGACACUAUGAACAUCAAUGACAGACCGAGUACCAGCAACCAGGGAAUGAUAAUAUAAUAGACGGUGUCCCAAAUGGCACCCUACGCCCUAUUUAGUGCACUGCUUUUGUCCAGGACCCAUAUAGUAGUGCACUAGUAAGGGAGUAGGGUGCCAUUUGGGAUCAGAACAUAACGCAUGGAAUAAGACCUAUGAUGAGGUCAAUCCGCCCCCCUCCCGAACUGAACGAUCAGAAUCCUUUCAGGAGCCAAUAAAAAGCCACUGUGGUUUCCUAGAUCCCAGGGUUGUUGUUACGAAAACAAGCUCAUACGGACACUUUAUUGUGCAAUGAUCAUCUGAAGAGGAAUACGGAGAAACUGAUCGUUACCGGCAUGUAGGUCCAAUUCUGAAUCAUGUAGAGCCCCUGGGUGUUUGUAAGAAAGUGUUUUUCAUUACAGAGGUGAUCCUGUAACAAUUGUAUACAAUGAAUGAGCCUAUUCACACUAUAGAGCUACGACGACAUCAUAUAACGCUACUGGCUUCAGUUGAAGACAGAACAUGUUUGACCUGAUGAAUUUAUACUGCAUUUUUGUUUGACAUUCACAGCCAACCAGUGACAAUCAUGUAUAUUUUUGUGGCACAGUAAGACUGACAGACAUUGCAUUUAGAGAUGGGAUAGAAUAUGCAUGUGUGUAGCAGUGGAAUUAUGCAUAUCUUGCAAAAACAUAUAUUGUUUUCUUCAAAAAAUUAGAUAUAUUUUGGAUAAAAAUCAUGCAAUUUUUUUUACAAAUGCUUUUUAAUGCUGUAAACGGUUUGUAGGCUACAUGUACAAUUUCACGGAUUAAAAUUAUUAUUAUUAUUUUUUAAA